AGGGGCGACCUGCACGACGAUACGCGCAAUGUCAGAAGCGAAGGAGUGGACGCCUGACGAAUGUUUGAAGCUUACUGCACCAUGCGAAGGAUAUUUGUGCCCGAUGAGUGCGAACACUUAUGGAAUAGAAUUCCUUGAAUUUCGAAUUCGAGAGAUGGAAGGGCAGCAACGAGAUCUAUACCACGUUAAAAAACCCGAUGACGCACCAUCGGAGCCUAUCACGGACAUCCCGCCAGAACAGGAAGACCUCUACCGGCUCAUUCAGUAUGCAUUCCCAUCAGAAUUUUUGAAGGCAAGGACUAUCGGCACGUCUCUCGUCUUUUCUGUCGGAGACAAGGAGGUUCAGUCGUUCCGAAUGAUAGAACGACAUUACUUUCGUGACAAGCUCCUGAAGUCGUUUGAUUUUACUCUUGGAUUUUGUAUGCCGAAUUCUCGCAACACUUGGGAGGUCAUCUACACACUUCCGGAGCUCGACGCCGAGACGGAAAAGGCGAUGAUCGAUAACCCAUAUGAAACGAAAUCAGAUAGUUUCUACUUUGUCGGAGACAAGAUGGUCAUGCAUAACAAGGCUGAAUAUGCAUACACACAGUAGGGAGGAUACGUGUCUUGUAUGCAUCAGCAACCAGUAAGAAGGAAAUAAUCUUGACAGAGGUUAGGUAAAAGUGAAGGCGUUGAUGUAUUGAUUGAAAGGAUGGAUGAUGCC